AUUCGACCGAACGAUGAUGCUGGAUCCGUUCGAGUACAUGGACGAACACGACAAGUGCCUCCUCCUCACAGAUGGGUUCUCCAGGUUCAUCCAAAUGCUACUGGGGGUGUGCGCGGUUGGAGUGUUGUUUGUUAAGCGGGAGAUUGAGAUACCCAAGCGUGCAUUCAACGUGUGGACGUUUGAUGUAAGCAAGCAAGGCCUGGGCGCGCUCUUCGUGCACGUGGUCAAUAUCUUCUUGUCUAUCCUGCUGACCCAACGUUCCAAAGCCGAGGACGACCAAUGCGCUGUGUACUUCGCGACGUUCCUCAUUGACGUUACACUUGGCACAGCGCUAGUUCUAGUGUUCCUCGCCCAAGUUAAAGCAGUUGCCACGUGGAUGGGAUGGUCGUCCAUUCUCGCGUCGGGGAAGUAUGGCGACCCGCCGCAGUUCACGUACGUCAAGUUGGUUCGUCGUCGUCAUGUACCGUCUCAGGACGGCAUUGUGUGUUGUAGUGUGUGGCUGAAGCAGUUGGUCGUGUAUCUGGUCAUUUUGAUCGCCAUGAAGGUGGUCGUGACUGUUCUCGUGUAUAUCCUGUACAUCCCGUUGGCGACCGCAAGCACGUACCUGUUUUCCGUGUUUAGCCACCAUCGUCAUGCAGAACUGGUGGUUGUCAUGAUCCUCGGGCCAUGCUUUGUCAACGUCGUGCAGUUCUGGGUCCUCGACAACUACCUCAAGCAUGCGAUCGUGAUCCCCACAUCUCCUAAGACCUUCGCUCGCCUUCCCAGCACCGACGACACCAUCGACGAAGAUCGUCCCCAUACCCCCCUGUUGCUGUAAAUAUUCUUGGCUCCCACAAGCCAGGGCAUGUAAAAUUGCCUACAAGUAUUUUCAUCCCAAGAUAAUACACUAUAUUAUAAUAAUUGUCAUCGAC